CAUCAGCCACAACCUGGUCCAAUCAUUGAACCGCAAAGGCUAACAAGUGCAAGGUAGAAUGAAAGUUUGUUUCCUGGGUAAUGCAACGUGUAUCUCUCCAGCCGCCGCAGCGUUUCUAAAAAAGAUGGGUCGCCGCAAGUCCAAGCGAAAGCCGCCUACUAAAAAGAAGAUGACCGGGAGUCUGGAUUCCCACUUCACGUGUCCCUUCUGUAACCACGAGAAGUCAUGUGACGUCAAUAUGGAUAGAAGCAGAAAUACUGGAAUAGUAUCGUGUUCAGUUUGUUUGGAGGAGUUCCAGACGCCAAUAACAUACCUGUCAGAGCCAGUUGACGUGUACAGCGAUUGGAUAGAUGCUUGUGAAUCAGCCAAUCAAUAGCCCUGAAGGACCUGGGCUUGAAUCCAGACUGGAGGAGGUUGGGACUAUUUUUUUUAUUUUAUUUUUUUUAAAUGGAGGUAUGUGGACUGAAGGAGACUUUAGCCCAACACUUUAAAUAAGACCCCAGUGUUUUCCUUUCUUGCAGUGUUACCAAUCUGUCCUCAAAUGUUUUUCUUUCAUUUUCUUUAUUUAUUUAAAGAAAAGUCUCGGUUUAUAUCAUGAAACAGGUGUGGAGAAAUGACUUGAAUGCUGCACUCUGACCAUUUUAUUAGAUACAGCUGCACAAGUGUACCUAAUAAGGAGACCUAUGAGUAAAAUGUGGCAAAAUAAAUGUACACAAAAAAAUGCAACUUAAUCUACCUUUGCUAUGAUGAUGUCACAUGUAGUUUCAUGCUGUCAUCCACCAACUAGCAACAUGUCCUGUAAUGAUGAUGGUUAUAAUAAUUAUUAUAAUAACCCACAUCUCUCUUCAUUCUCACAGCAGAAGGUCAUACACUAUACGCAUAUGCUACGCUUGAGAGUUUCUUUGUCUUCUGGCACUGUAACGAUGAAAGAUGUACACAGUAUGUAAAUAAGUGCGCUCACUGUAGCUAUGCAAAACCAUUUGUAGUUACUCCCACUUGGGUUAUUUUCAGAAUAAAAGAGCAAUAAGACGACAUGUCACGAACAAGUGGAGUGGAGAUUCAUUUUUGCUUGAUGUAUUCAAUUGUUACACAUGUAAUCCAAUACUUUAUUUAUGGAAAAUGUUUAUUUUUUUGCUCGUGCAAUAUGCUUGACCGUACAGUACAAUAAAAUGAGUUUUGCAGCUCUGGUGGCGUUUUGAUGAUUAGAAGGGAAAACAAAGAAAUAUUAAAAAAAAACAAAAAACUGUUGUGACAUUGUUACAAUUUUAUUUUGUACUGAAUUUUUUCCCCACGUUCUAAUUCCCAUAAUAGCACACUUUAAAAACAUGAAAAAUAAAAUAAAAAUACUACACUUGACAUUAUUUAGGUAAAAAAAAUAAAGAAUGUUCUCUUUACAACUUAAUCAAAACAUUUCUAAUAGUAAUGACUCUGGUGAGGCGGUAUAGCUCGUUUGCAGGUUCGAUUCCCGCUUCCGCCAUCCUAGUCACUGCCGUUGUGUCCUUGGGCAAGACACUUUACCCACCUGCUCCCAGUGCCACCCACACUGGUUUAAAUGUAACUUAGAUAUUGGGUUUCACAAUGUAAAG